UUUAGGUUCAUCAUUAGCUUGAGAAUAACCAUGUAAAGCUCAUUUUCAAUUAUAAAAUGCUUUCAAGGAGUUUUUAAUGAAAGCUACUUCUCAAUUAAGGAUUCCUUCUUUCACCAAUCAAAUUGGCUCAAAUUAAUCAUUUAUUUUCCCACGGAAUUGAGAUGGUGCACCUGGUUCCUUCUUUCACCAAUCAAAUUGGCUCAAAAUAACAAUUAAUAAUGACCUGGUUUCAUGAGGAGAAAUGGCAAAUUGAGCUGGAAUUGAGGCUUUUGGAAGCUCUAGAAAUGUAUCCUCCUUCUCAAUUACAAGGAUUUCACCAUCAUUUUGUUCUUUAUGGGCUGAUGGAAUUUCUGAUGAAGAGCUUUGAUAGACAGCUCACAUCGGAGGAAAUAUUGCAGUUGUUGGAUCGCUUUUAUAAUUUAGAAGCAAUGGUGAGAAGAAUCCCUUUUAGUAUCUCCAUCUCUCUCUAUUUCAGUAGUAUUGUUAUUUAA